UUUUGCAGAUUUAAAUCAUACCCACUUCAAACAAGUUACCGGAUAUCAUCUAAACAAACAACCAUAGUUUCUUGAAAAUGAAGGCAUUAGAGUGGCUAAGGCCUCUUGUAGAGAAAAUGUCAUGGGACUACUGCAUUGUUUGGAAGUUUGGUGAUGAUCCCUCUAGGUACAUUGAGUGGAUUGGUUGUUGUUGCAAUGGUAGCAGAGGUGUUUGUAGAAAUGUCAAAGAGGAAAUUGAUGCAACAAAAGUUCAUCUUUCUCCACUAUGCAGAGACACUUAUGUUAAACACUCAGUGAAUACAAAUGCUUGCUUGAAACUAGCUAACAUUCCUUCUCAUUUGCCUCUGUAUUCUGGGAUACAUGGAGAGGUUGCAUUGUCAGCUCAACCAGCUUGGAGUCAUGAUGAGACUGGAACCCAGGUUUUGAUUCCGGUCAAUGGUGGUAUGAUUGAGCUCUACGUAUCGAAACAAGUCGCUAGAGACGAAAAGAUGAUAGAGACUCUUAUGGCAAAGUUUGAUAUCUUAUCUCAACACAUGGAGCAGGUGAAAACCGACGGAUCACCGGAUAUUUCAAGCCCGUGGAGUGGAAACUCAUCGCUUGUUUCGGCUGGUUCAAAUCAUGUUUCACCAACUCAAUCCAUUGAUAAGCCAAUAAACUUGUCGGUCUAUACUAUCUCCGAGCAAGCGAAAGAACACAAAAAUAUUCGGCAGAAAACUAGCAAAGGUCAAUACCAUGCAAAGAAUCUUGUGACCGAGAGAAACCGAAGGAAUCGAAUCAGAGACAGUCUUUAUGCUCUACGUGCUUUAGUCCCGAAUAUUUCCAAGAUGGAUAAAACUUCCAUAGUUGGAGAUGCGAUCGAUUAUAUAGAAGAGUUGCAAACUAAUGUUAAAGAACUUCAAGAAGAGCUUGAGAGAUUGGAAGAAGAUGAUUCCAAAUCCCAUUUGGAUGAAAUAGAGGUCUGCAAACCGAAAAAAGCGCAUAUACACUCACCUACAAAAGGGCAUAGUCUUGUUUCAACAACAUCAAACAGAAAAACCGAGGUUCAAGUGGAAGUACACCAAAUCGGGGCUAAAGGUUUCUUGCUUAAACUAGUUUGUGGCGAACAACGAGGGGGGUUUCGAAGAAUUAUGGAGACAGUCGAUUUUUUGGGACUUCAAGUACUUGAUGUCAAUGUUACUACUUGUUAUGGCAAAGUGUUGAACAUUCUCAAAGUAGAGGCGAAAAGGAAUGACUUUGCAGCCAAGAGUUUGAAAGAUUCGUUGCUAGAUCGUUGGUGGAAGGGUCGUAUGCUUGAUGAUAACUCCACAAAGAGCGAUUGAUGAGAAAAUUGUGAUCGUGAAAGUAGGAAUAGUUUAUAACCAAACCGCCAAGUAUUCGAAUGUUUAUAACAUCUCUAAUUGACAAAACUAGUAUUUUUGGCCAUCUUGUCUAGAGUUGUACAUACCAAUAUUUUAGAAGAAAUGACCUAUUUAUGGUGUUGCAACUUGCAA